AAGUUAGUUAUCACCGACUUCGUUUGAGAUACGUAUGUUUUUAUUGUGUGUACGCGCGUUUAACCCUAUCAAUUUUUUGAAUAGACAAUAAAUUAUCAGUAUUGUGACGAAUGUUUGUACAAGGAUCUAUUGUUUGUUAUAUUGAAUGCAAUAUAAAAGAAAAGGAUUUGACAGGAUAUAUCUCGGUCGGAAUGAACAUUUUUUUGUGUUUUUGAUUGAAUUAAAGAUUUUUUUUGUGAAUUAAUGAUCAUUAUCCGCGGAAAGUUUUGUUAAUUUACUUUAAUACCGGAGUGAAGUUCUAUUUGAUUUUCGAGAGAAAUAAAUCUACAGUGCUCGUUCAACAUAAAAAUUGACAAAUUUGAUUUCGUUUCGUCAAACAAAACGAUAAAAAAAAAACAACAAAAUUUCCUCAAUCCUCAACAAUAUGUAACAUGAAUGGUACAAAAUCUGACAUAAAGAAACCAUUGACACUCUAAUUAUUCCUUUUCAAAAUUACAUAAAAAAAGAGAAAUAAAUAUAGAAGAAAAAACCAUUCACUUCUCUUUUGUAUUCUACCGCCUAUUGUCCUGAUAUAUUGUUUGUGUGUUAUACCAUAUAUUUGUUUGAAAUAGGAAAAAGCAUACACAUUGUGCAAGAUAACAUAAAAAUAAAUCAAAUUGAGUGAAUACGAUCGAAAAAUGUUGACCGACAUGACACCGUCGGCAGGCCAAUUUUAUGGCUCGCAGAUACCGAUGGGAAUGAAUAUCACAAACAUUACGAGUCAUAUACAGAAACCUACUGUUAGUGCUACAUUACAGGAUCAUCCUGGACUUCGUGGAACCCCAUUGGCAAUGCUGGCUGCACAAUGUAACAAAUUAUCAAACAAAUCCCCACCCCCAUUAGCAGACGCAGCCGUCGGCAAGGGUUUUCAUCCGUGGAAGAAGAGUCCGACACUCGGGCAACAUUCUCCCACAAUUCCAAUCUCAAAUACCGGAACAGCGAUAACACAACGAAGCUUAGCAUCAAGUUCAUCGUCGAUGGGAAAUCUGACGACAAGUCGUCCGAUAACGUCAUCAUGUUCAGCUGGAACAACCCCAUCGUACGGAAACGAUCUCUAUUUUCCUGGUGCGACUACGUCGCCAGCAAUAGCUGAUAAUCCGCACAUGCAUCAGGGUUUACUCGGAAAGGUUGAAAGUUCGGCAUUAGGUUCAGUGUAUUCCAGACAUCACUAUGAUUGGCCAUUCAAUGCAGUCUCUGCUGCCACUCAUAAAACAGAAGGCGUCAAUUCCGGUUGGUGGGAUAUGCACAGUGCAGCUGGCAGUUGGUUGGACAUGGGUGGUGCUGGAAUGCACGCAACAAUGGCAAAUUAUGCAACUAGUUCCGACUACUCAACACUGACACACUCAUUGUCGAACACAGCUCACUUAUUAGGAUCAGGUCAACAUCUGCUACAAGACACAUACAAAAUGUUACCCGGUCAAGGUGUCGGAGGAUUUAGCCUUCCACACACUGGCAAUACGGCACCGUCAACACCUCAAGCACCAUCGCCACGGUCGCAACGAAGAUAUUCGGGUCGCGCAACGUGUGACUGUCCGAAUUGCCAGGAAGCUGAACGGCUCGGGCCAGCUGGAGUACAUUUGCGGAAAAAGAACAUUCACAGUUGUCAUAUUCCCGGAUGCGGUAAAGUGUACGGCAAGACCAGUCAUUUGAAGGCACAUUUGAGAUGGCAUACCGGCGAACGGCCCUUUGUUUGCAAUUGGCUAUUUUGUGGCAAACGGUUCACCCGAUCGGACGAAUUACAACGACAUUUAAGAACGCAUACCGGUGAGAAACGAUUCGCAUGUCCUGUGUGUAAUAAGCGAUUUAUGCGCAGCGAUCACUUGGCCAAACACGUUAAAACGCAUAGCGGUACCGGAUCGAAGAAGGGUUCAUCGGAAUCGUGCAGCGAUUCGGAGGAAACUAAUCAAAACGAUAAUAUGCAACAGCACCAACAAGGUGCCAAUCAGCAACAGCAACAACAACAGCAGCAGCAGCAGCAACAGCAACAACAACAACAGCACAUGACCAUUUCACAUCAAAUUCAUUCGCCCGCUAUGCAUGUACAUACACCGAGUCCCGGUCUCGAUCACGUUGGACAGAUGGACGUGAAACCGGGACUAGUUUGAGGAACACUGGGGCAUGUUUACUUUAACUAGUGGCAUGUUCCCUACUUAAAUUAGCUACUUUUGACGCAAGACGUCAGCACGUUAGUUAACUAGACAUUUUAUGUAAUGCUUUUGGCUUUCUUUUCGUUGUUUUUGUUCUUUUGACUCCCUCUAUCGACGGACAACGUUUUCAGACCACUUUUUAGAACGAAACAAGAAUUUCGACCGUUCAUUUCUCAACUUUACACAAAUGAAAACGAAAUCUAAUUAAAAACAAAAAACAAAAAAAAUAAAUGAAAUUAACGAAACAAUGGUACAAAUGAUGAACACGAUCGAUGUUAUUGAUACAUUUAUAACUUGCGGUUUUCUAUUAUUCAUUUUAUUUUAUUAUUUUUUUACAAUUUAUUUAUUACAACUAUCAAAUGGAUGGUGUAUUUUACCACAAUAAAUGCAACUGAAAUCGCGAUGUUAAUAUGGUUAUUUGCGUGAUGCUAUAUGACUUUUUAAUUUGUGCUUGUAAAUAAAUUGUUAAUUAUAAUAAUUAAUUAAUUAAUGUUCGUUUGAUUAAGAAUUCGUGUUUCUCUAUGGUAGACAAACAGCAUUUUAAAGACAUGUAAUUAUUACAAUAAAAAUGAGUGAGAAGUUUUAACAACAACAACAAAACAUUUUCAAUAAAAAACCCAAACAUAAAAAUGAAUUUGAAACAGAAGCCAUGGCAAAUUAGAAAUUUAUUAUCGAGACGACCAUAAAAAUUCAAAUAAAAUAAAAUGCAAAAAAAACUAAUCAACUGAAUCUCCCCCGCAUUUUCAGACAAUGUUAUUAUUUAGCUCAACAAAUCAAAUGCUUUUUUAGGACAGUAAACUUAUCCAUCCAAACAAACAUGGAACUAAAAAGUAACAGACAUUCCACACUGGACGAUUUGAAUGCAAAAAAAAUGGAAUGGUCAUUUCAAUGACUAUUGAUAUCAAUUUGUCCGUUUGGACAUUUUUUCUAUAUAAAAUUUCCUCACUAGCCAUCCCACAUCAUUCCAAAAACAUUUCUAAUUUUUGGAAUUGACAGCCAAUUAUUGGCUUAUCUCAAACGACUCAUUCAGGAUUGGGCUUUGAUAAAUAAAUUUAGUUCGGAGACAAAAUGGUUUAUUUCCAUUGAAUCUUCAAUUAACACAAAAAAAAACGUGAAAUUUGAGCUAAUUGGAUCUCAUGCUACAAAAAAUUACUCUAAGUCGACGUAAAAUACUACUUUCACAUCUAAGGUGUUACUGCUAUUCCUCUCCGUAUCGAUUUAUCUCAUUUCGUAUGCUAUUUCGAAUGGCAAAUGAGAGAAAACAGAGAAACCAAGAAGAACAUCUUAGAGGUGAAAAGUGGGAUUUUUGACGUGUGAAAAACGGGAGUUGUCGAGAUUUUAUGCAAUCCAAGCAUCAAGUACUGGAAGACGACCCUUAUCAACCCUUAUUCAUGAUGUGUAAACGAUAAUCUCCUAUAAAUGGCAAGGGUACGAUUAAAUCUCUUUCCUCUAUUGUUGGUUGAAUCUACGGGUGUUGAAUACAAAACCUUUUAUUUGACACGUUUAUGCUAAUUCUGUUAAUACGAGAACACUACCCUGGAGUACAUCGUUAAUUUUUUAUAACAUUAAUGACUAGACGUUUCUGAAAUCUUUGCUCUUUAACUUUGAUCUUUGAUGGAACAUAUUAAGCGAUGACUUAGCCAUUUCUGAAUGAAAGAUUUGUUAAAUCUAAAUAAAAUGUUCCGGUGAUGUUCUGAUACAAUUUAAAUAUUUAAAUUUUGCAUUUAGAUUGAAAGGUCAUUGUUUGUUCAAUGUUACUUUUUAGUUCAAUUUUUCGUUGUACUAAAAUUGACUAAGUUUACUGGAUUACUAAUAUAUAUAUAUAUAUAUGUAUGUGGAAGAAAAA